CUCCAGUCUUCGUCAUCGUCUGCUUAGACAAUCAUUUAUAUUUUUUAAUAAAGUUAAACUCGUUUUUUUUCUUCUGUAUUUAUUUUUUACAAUAAUCAUUGACAUAGUAUGAUAAAGUAAAUAUCAAAUUUAAUUAACAUUAGUAAACUAUCAAACGAACAUAAAUUUAAAAAAAUGCAUUGGUUAACUUUUGUGAUUUUGAGUGGUUUUAUAUAUUUUUUAAAUGUGAAUGCGUUUAUGUUAAUUGAUCCCUUAAAAAGCGUAUGGUCUUCUCUCUAUUUAGGGAAAUUGAGUAGCGUCAGUGAUAGCAAUAUGGCCUCUAAUGAAAAUAUUAUGGUAGCCGAAGAACCUCAACACAAAUGUUCAGCAUGUAUAAAAAACCGAGUGACCCCAAACGAGGAAAUUGAACAUAUUCUCAAUGAAAUUAGAGUUGAAUACGUAAAACAACAAAUUUUAAAGAAGCUUAGACUAGAAAAGCCACCAGAUGUUUCAAUUUCACUGUCAACGUUACCAAAGCCUUUAAUAAAUGGAUAUGUGCUUGAACUACGACCUGGUGAACCUUUUGAAUCAGAAAAACAAGCAGAAAGUUUUUACGGGAAAACAGAUCAAAUUGUCGUUUUUCCAAAUGAAGGCAUAGCAGAUAUUAAAAACUGUCGCCAAAAUUCAAAUCAUUUGACGGGUUUUAGCCCUGCAGCGUGUUUCACUUUCAACCUUCCAACAGAAAUGCAAUUUGUUGAUGUAACUUCAGCUGAUCUUUGGUUUUACAAAGAAAAUGAUGAAAAUGAUGUUUAUGGUCAAACAUUUGUUUUGGCAGAAUUGGAUCAUUGGGAUCAAGGUGGUAGUUUUGAAAAAAAUACAAUCAUGGCAAUUUUUGAAACUUCUAUUGAAGAGGGUUGGGUGAAAACUGAUGUAGCAUUUACUGUGAGAAAGUGGGUAGAGCGGCGAAUCCUUAAUCACGCGAUUCAAAUAGCAUGCAGUACAUGCUCCAUUGAUCGUGAAACUGCUCCAGUAUCUACUGAACUAACGUUAAAGCCUUUUUUGGUAAUUCAUACAUCGCCAUUGCUUCCUAAAAAUCGACCGAAACGAAAUUCUAAUUGUCUACCAGAAAUGAAAGAAUGUUGCCGGGAUCAACUAUAUAUAAGCUUCGAUGAAAUCGGGUGGAGCGACUGGAUUCUCCAUCCUAGUGGAUACCACGCUUACUUUUGUCGUGGAUCAUGUUCAUCUGCAGCAUCCCUAAUUAUGAGUGGUUCGCCUUACAACAAUAUUUUAAGAAAAUGGUUAAUGAAAAAUGGUGGACAAAGCGAAAUUGUACCUUGCUGCUCGCCGACUCAGCUUUCCCCAAUUCAGCUGCUUUACGUGGAUUCUAACAACACGAUAACCCAAAAAACACUUCCAAACAUGGUCGUAGAAGCUUGUGGUUGCAUGUGAGACUAAAUCUUCUAACGUGGAACAACCAAGUCCUUUUAUUUCAGCGUGAAAGCUGUUACUGUGGCUGGUCUACGUAAGACUCGUAUCAACGACAAAUUGUGUUCAAAAUGUGAUGCUCAGUUUCUUUUCUCUCGCUCGCUGUGGUUACCUUCAAUGAGGACUAAAGAAGAAAGUAGAUAGAGUAAAAUAAAAAAAAAGAGAUAAAGAAAAUAAAGAGACGUAGAGAACAUUUGAGAGAAAGGAUUUUGCGACGAAAAAAAAAAGAAGAGUAAUAGUGAAACGUGUCGGAGCGACCACUCGUGAAGAUCCUCUCACGUCGGGAAGAGAAUGGUAUUCUCGAGUUUUUCUCUUCAGUACGUUUAUGUUAUUGUAUUAUAUGAACAACAGAUACUACACUCUUGUUAUUUAUAGACAAUGUAAUAAAAGUCUUCAAAAUGAGAAAGGUACUGAAUGAUGAAAAAUAAGACAGUAUUUUUUUUUUAAGUGUUAAUCUUAAUUUGGGUUUUUCAGUAUAGCUUAUUAUCGGGAAAACAAAUCUACAUAUUAUUAACUGUAUAUAUGAAUCAGAAUAUAAUCAUUACUUAGGUUUUCUUUUAGUUUUAAUUAUUUCGCCACUUAAAACGAUUCUCAAUGUAAAUAAAAAUGUUUGUACCAAAGUAUAGAAAUGUAUAGAAAUUCAAUCAAGUAUACGAACAGUUAAUAGUUUGGGGGCUUAUUAUAUAUUAUGCAAGUGAAUAAUACUGGCAAAUUUGCCCUUACGAAUGUUCCAAUAAUAUCGUAAAGAUAUCGGUACUUGGAACAUAUUAAGAUGUUAAAAUCUUAGUAUUUUUAGACCUCUAUGUUGGUUUUUAAAUACAAAAUCUAAACUAAAAAAUAGGAUACAAUAUUUUUCUCCACAUUCUCUCCACUGAUUUUUUUUUUAAUUUAAUACAAUUAUGAGGCAUACUCAUAUAACAAUCAUAUAACAAUCUUGCCCAAGCCUGGUCACCAGUACACUAGUUAUAUGCGUCUUUAUAUAACUAUGGAUCUUGCUGCAGACACGUGCAAAGUUUUUAAGUAAAAGUCUUAUAUAACAAAACUUUAAAAAACAUUUUGUGUUAAGAAUCGAGUGAGAAUGAAAAUAUUUUUUGCUUAAGGUGCGUUGGUACAAAGAAUGGAGCGAAUCUUGCACCAGAAAUUACUUGCUAUACUAAUGCACAUCUUGCGGUAGGUUUACUCAAAAAGUCUGAUAUUACACUAUUCGUCUCACUUCCGUCUGUCACUUUAUUCCUCCAUUGGCAUACGAUGCAUAAUCCUGGGGUAAAGUGAAAGAGAUAGGAGUAAGAUAUAUAGAUAGUGUAAUAUGAGAUUUCUUGAGCAGAUCUGCCGCAAAAUAUAGGUUAGUGUCUCCAAGUAAUUUUCGAUGCAUGAUCAGCUCAAGAUACACGUAAGUUUACUAACACAUCUUGAACAAGACGUCUUCAAUGUUCUUCUGUACAAUAUCAUGUGCAAGUCCUGCAACAAUCUUGCCUUAGAAUAUUGCAUUAAUAUCUCGUGACAGAUUGACAGGUAUACAAAGACGUAGACACCUAGGGGUCUCCUGCAAGAUUCUUUCACAAAAAUAGUACAUGACUACUACAAGAUUGUCUAGUGUACGUCAUCUCGGGCAAGUUCAUGCCCUUCUUAAAAAAUCCAAUAGAUUCUUAUAUAACUGUAUGUAUAAACGCAUAUACUUAACUAUAACACUUCUUAUAGAACUCAUUUAUUCUUAUAAAAUCUCUAUGGGAAUUCAUGAGAAUCUAUUGGAUUUUACGAGAUUUUGUAAACAGGGUGUAGUAUCUAUCAAAAGAUUCUUGUGAUCAGUGCCUUGACCAGCAACUUGUGAUAGAAAUUGUUGUAUAAAUAAAAUUACUCUAAACAGAUUAUAACAGUCAUUCAGCUGCA